AUGGAUAUCAAUUCUACCGGCUCUGGCGAGCGCUAUCGUGGAGGCAUUCCCAAGGACGCUGCCGAUUGGGAGGCAUUCAUUCUGAACCAGCAGGACAUGAUCGGUGGAAAUCCUCAUGCCCCUCCAUCCAGACGCCGCAAGACCGUUGUCGGCAUUCCCAACUUUGGCGAGUUUCUCCGUGAGUUCGAAGACCGAGCCAGCGAGCAACGCCGCCGUACGAGUGCGAGAAAGGACAGCCAUUACACUGCAUACGAUGACAAGGACGAGCUCUCUCACAACAACAUGCACUUUGGCAACGACUCUCUGCCCCCUUCCUUCUCUUCGACUGCUUCAUCAAUUGGCACUAAGCGAUCUUCAACUCACGUGCCUAUGCCUAAGAAGCAGUUCACGCCAGGUUCCCGUCACAGUCGCCAUGGUUCGGCCUCGAGGCCCAAACUGCCUGAAUCCUUCAUGAGCGCUCCCGAUGUGCCCCGUCCUGAGAGUCCCGAGACAUUCAAAAGAAAGAUCUACGAGCACAAGGCCAAGUUUCAUGUCUCACAGCAGAAGCAACGCAACCACUCGCGCCCGCGCCACAAGUCUCUGCUCAGCUCCUGUCUCUAUGAACACCCACCUGAACCUAUCAUUGUUCCGCGACCUCAGCCUCCUGUCGACUCGAACGAACAUAUUCCUGUUACCAUGUAUGCUCUCUGGCGCCAGGACUGUGACGAGCAACUCAAAGACAAGCCUGCCAUGUCUCAUGUGCCAGUCCCUCCAGUGCCAACCUGCUCAGAAUGUGCCAACGCCUCUAUUCUCGGCGGUCAGCCUGUUCCUAUUACUUGUAGUGACAGCCUCGACAAGGUGUUUCGCAGUGGCAUCAACGAGAAACCUGGCUCAUUCGCCUUCAGCAAGACUUACUUCAAGAUCCUCAAGGGAGAACGUCAGCGCUGGCACACUGACCGCUUCGGCGCUUGCAACCCCAGCGUCAAGUCUCGCAUUGUCGCUGACGCACAGCAGCUUUUCAUUCUCAUCAAUGGCCUCUUCGAGUCUGAAAAGCUGCGCAUGGUCGAGAUUGCUGAGAUGAUUCCUGAGCAUGUGCCUGCGCAUGAGUCUUAUCACACGCCUGAUUACUUCAAGUUCAGACCCGAUGAGCGUCAUGCUUGGUAG